GAGAGGAGAGGAAAAAGAAAUGGAGGACGACAAUAAUAAUAACACCAACACAAACGUGAUCGCACCUUUUGUUGUGAAGACAUAUCAGAUGGUCAACGACCCUUCGACCGAUUGGCUCAUCACUUGGGGACCUGCACACAACAGCUUCAUCGUCGUUGAUCCUCUCGACUUCUCUCAACGAAUCUUGCCUGCGUAUUUCAAACACAAUAAUUUCAGCAGCUUUGUUCGUCAACUCAAUACCUAUGGGUUUAGAAAAGUGGAUCCAGACCGGUGGGAGUUUGCGAACGAGCAUUUUCUCAGAGGACAGAAGCACCUGCUCAAGAACAUAGCGCGUAGGAAACACGCGCGUGGGGUGAUAUACGGUCAGGAGAUGGAGGACGGUGAGAUCGUGAGGGAGAUCGAACGGUUGAAAGAUGAGCAGAGAGAUCUUGAGUUAGAGAUUCAGAGGAUGAACCAAAGGAUCGAGGCGACUGAGAAGCGGCCGGAGCAGAUGAUGGCGUUUCUGUACAAGGUCGUUGAGGAUCCCGACCUCCUCCCGAGGAUGAUGCUCGAGAAAGAGCGGACAAAGCUAGUCUCCGACAAGAAGAAGCGUCGUGUCACGGUGAAGUCAGAGGACGAGGAAGAAAACGGAAGGGUCUUUGGGAUUAUUUCACCGUCACCGUCUCCGCCGGAGAAUGUUUACCGGACUCAGCCGCCGGAAAAUUCUGUGCGAUGGGUUGUUCCGAUGCAGAAGCCAGGCAACUUUGGUAGUUACAACGAGACUGGUCUGAUUUCCACUUCUUCCACGUCAUCAUCGUUAACGUCGACGUUGUCGCUGCCGGAGAGCGUAAACGGAGACGGAGGAGGAUGUGGGAGUAUUCAGGGAGAAACAAGAUACAGAGAAGCGGCGACGUUUGGAGGAGUGGUAGAGUCAAGUCCACAAACCCCGCCUUAUCCGUUUUCUUUGUUUCGAGGUGGCUUUUAGUCUUUUAGCUUCACAUGAUAUAUGAUCUUUGUUUCUUAUCUAUUAUUUUUUGUUUUUUUUUUCUUACCUAAUAAUGUAUAACCACCAGAAAAGGUAGAUCGAUUGUUGUUAGUGACAGGGAGACAGAGUCAGUAGUCAUAUCGUUUUAUAGAAAGUCGACAGUACAUAUUUUCUGAUUAUAUUCUUAAAAAGUUCAAAAAUUACAUAUCGCGUUCGGUGGCCGGUGAGCAUCUUUGCCACCGGUCGCCACCCCUUUUUUGUUUUUUUGUUCAUUCCGACCUAGUUCGGAUCUGUUUCUUCGGUUUGUCAGAUUGUAUAUUCCAGUUGUGGACAAUACAUUCGCUAGGCGACUUUUGCGGUGUGCGUGUGUAGUUUAACCUUUCACCGUUCAUCACUUCAAUCCCGUUGAUCUCUUUAUCGGAUACCCUGUUUCACCGAAUAAACUUAACCUCCUUUUUAAUGAGAAUCAGUCUUUACCGAUCUAGAUUAGCCAUCUUGGCUUAGGGUAAAGCGUCUCUGCUUAAAAGAUGGUGAGUUAGAUGGAUUUAUUAGGUCUUGUUGAAAUGGAUUCAGCAGUCGGUGUUUAUAACGGUCCGGCAAAGAAUCUUUGUUUUCAACCUGAUCUAAGUGUCCUCUGUUUUAAAGUACGGAGAAUCAUGGUUCCUCCGGUUAAUUGAUCACGGCUAAAGUGAAAGGGAAUUCGGAGUACAAGAUCAAGGCGACUUAAGAAGUUACGGUGGCGUUAGGUGAUGAAUUGCCGUCGGUAGUCUCUCCAUCGGCGACGGAGUCAAUGGCGGUUGAGCAAAGGACGGUGGCAUUGAUACGUUUUUCACUUAUGCACCAGAAACUGCCACGUAGUAUACUCUCACCCACCAACAUACUCGUGUAAAAUAUUAUUAGAUCUAUUGUAGUUUGUGUUGGGCCUAAAGCCUGUUUUGUACUCCAACUGUAAUAGCCUUUUGGGCUUUCGUUAUAUAAAACGAAUGUCGACAAAAAAAAAAUUGUUAGAAGUUCAUUCA